CUUACCCUCUUUUACAUCUACUGAAAUACCUUGAUAAUACUUUUUUUAUUAUAUUUCAUCCAUUUACAACAUGGCAAGUACUAUUAGUAAUAUACAACGCUUUUUUGGAAAAAAGACACCUGAUGAACUGGUUAAAAAAUGGCGACAAGAAAUCAGACAACAACAAAGAGCGAUACAACGUCAAAUACAGGCUAUUGAUAUAGAGGAAGUCAAAGUCAAGAAAUCAAUCAAACAAGUGGCAAAAAAAGGGGAUAUCAAAGUAUGCAAGAUGUUAGCGAAAGAGUUGAUACGAUCACAACAACAUAAAAACCGACUUUAUACAAGUAAAGCUCAAAUGAACUCUAUUAUUAUGCAACUGGAACAUCAACUUGCAACACUCAAGGUAGCAGGAGCAUUACAAAAAAGUGGAGAAGUGAUGAAAUUAGUCAAUUCCUUGAUACGAUUACCUGAAGUAUCUCAAGCUAUGCAACAAAUGUCAAUGGAAAUGAUGAAAGCAGGGAUUAUGGAUGAAAUGAUAGAAGAUACCAUGGAAACACUGGAUGAUGAUGAUAUUGAAGAAGCUGCUGAUGAGGAAGUCAAUAGUGUGUUAUUUCAAAUUACAAAUGGUUUACUGGGUGAAGCUGGAUCAGUUGGACCAGCAUUGGAGAAGAAACAAGAAGAACCAGUGGAAGAAGAAGAAUCUGAAGAAGAAGGUCCUGAAUUGGAACUUAUGCAAAAACGUUUACAGGCUUUGAAAGGAUAAUAGAUGAAGAAGGAGAUGGGAUUUUACAUGUAUUGUUAUUAUUAUUAUCUAUUUAGUUUUUUCAUGAUCGACUCAAUAAAGUUUGUGUUUUGAAGUCCGUCUGCGUCAAACGA